CAUAGCCGGUUGCUUAUUACAGCAUUGCUUUAAUUCAAUCCCGGAUAAUGUUAAGAAAACUGACUAAACUAUCGACCUUAAAGGUCAGAUGUGAGCUGCGUUCCCUCUCCUCGCUCAGCCAAAGUCCACAGAACAUAUUCGACCGGAAUGCCAAGAGAUUGCAAAAGGAACGAGCCGCCCUCAGCGAAGAUGUAGGCCUAUACGAUUACCUCAAGGAGGAGGUGGGCUUCCGCCUGGCGGACAGGGUGUUCGACAUCAAGCGGGAAUUCAAGGCAGCGGCGGACAUUGGCUGCAGUCGCGGGUAUCUCUCCCGGCACAUCCUGGCGGAGAGCGUGGAGCAGCUCACUCUAACAGACACCAGUGCCACGAUGCUGGAGCAGGCGCAGGGCACUCCAGGUCUCAAGAUGCUGAAGCUAGUCAAGGAUGAGGAGCAACUGGAUUUUGAGGAGAACUCCCUGGAUCUGGUCAUCUCCAGCCUGAGCCUGCACUGGGUGAACGAUCUGCCCGGCUGCUUUGCCCGGAUCAAGCGCAGCCUGAAGCCGGAUGGCGUCUUCAUAGCCUCCAUGUUCGGCGGCGACACCCUCUACGAGCUGCGCUCCUCGCUCCAACUGGCCGAGCUGGAGAGGAAGGGCGGCAUUUCCCCGCACAUCUCGCCCUUUACCCAGAUCCGCGACAUUGGCUCCCUGCUGAAUCGCGCUGGAUUCACUAUGCUCACGAUCGACACCGAUGAACUGGUCAUCGGAUAUCCCAGCAUGUUCGAGCUGAUGUGGGAUCUCAAGGGAAUGGCCGAGAACAAUGCGGCCUUCAAUCGGCCGGCGCAUCUCAGUCGGGAGACGAUGCUGGCCGCCAGUGCCAUCUACCAGGAGCUGUAUGCCAAGCCCAACGAGCAGGGAGUGCCGGCCACCUUCCAAAUCAUCUACUUUGUGGGCUGGAAGCCGGGGCCCAACCAACCGCAGCCCCUGGAACGCGGAACCGGAGAGGUUUCGCUCAAGGAUCUGGGCUCCAUUAUCGAAAAGGGCGGCAAACUGGAGACCAAGGCGGGCGAUUAGCUUCAGUUGACAGUUUUAUUUCGGAAACUCGCUUGAACAUAAUUUAAUAACUUAAAUAAACAUAAUUCCUUCUUUGCUGAGAAA